ACGUCAGAGAGCUGACAGGGAAGGUAGCCGGCUCCACCGCCCGUUCCGGCCGACUCUUUCUGGCCGUCUGUGCGCUCCCUGACUUCGGCCUCAACUUCCAGGAAACAGGCUCCUUCCCUUCUCCCAUCUGCCGCCAGAGCCGGGAGGGCCGCUUAAAGACGACUUCGGGGCCCGGGCUGGACAUGAGCAGCGGCUGCGGGUCCUGGGACUAGGCCCCGCCAUUUUGGAUCCGCUGACAGGUUUGCCAGGAUGGUGGAUAAAAAUAUUUACAUCAUUCAAGGGGAGAUUAACAUCGUGGUUGGGGCGAUCAAACGAAAUGCCCGAUGGAGCACUCAUACUCCACUGGAUGAAGAACGGGAUCCUCUGCUGCACAGUUUCAGUCAUCUAAAGGAGGUUUUGAACAAUAUAACGGAACUCUCAGAAAUUGAGCCCAAUGUGUUCCUCCGUCCAUUUCUGGAAGUGAUUCGCUCUGAAGAUACCACUGGCCCUAUCACUGGACUGGCGCUCACUUCUGUCAACAAGUUCCUAUCCUAUGCACUCAUAGAUCCCACUCAUGAGGGCACAGCAGAGGGCAUGGAGAACAUGGCAGAUGCUGUCACCCAUGCCCGUUUUGUGGGCACAGAUCCUGCCAGCGAUGAGGUUGUCCUGAUGAAAAUCCUUCAGGUGCUGCGGACUCUGUUGCUGACCCCAGUGGGUUCCCACCUAACCAAUGAAUCUGUGUGUGAGAUUAUGCAGUCUUGCUUCCGGAUCUGCUUUGAAAUGAGACUCAGUGAGUUAUUGAGAAAAUCCGCAGAGCACACUCUCGUAGACAUGGUGCAGCUGCUCUUCACAAGGUUACCUCAGUUUAAAGAAGAACCCAAGAACUAUAUGGGUACCAACAUGAAGAAGAUUUCUCCAUGUCUCCUCAACAAACUGGAGCUAAGUAGUGGGGAGCAGACCAAAGCCCUGAACCAGUUAGAGAGGCUGAAAAUGAGAGCAGGAGGCAUGAGUGAUUCAUCCAAGUGGAAGAAGCAGAAGAGAUCCCCCCGGCCUCUGCGCCAUAUGACCAAAGUCACACCAGGUUCAGAGCUGCCCACCCCCAAUGGAACCACCUUAUCCUCUAACCUCACUGGAGGAAUGCCCUUCAUUGAUGUGCCCACUUCCAUCUCCUCUGCAAGUUCAGAAGCUGCCUCAGCAGUGGUCAGCCCCUCUACAGACAGCGGCCUGGAGUUCUCCUCCCAGACCACCUCCAAGGAGGACCUCACUGACUUGGAACAACCUGGCUCUCCAGGGUAUAGCACAGCUACAGAGCCUGGCAGCAGUGAGCCAGGGAUGCCUGAGCAGCCUGAUUCCCAGCAGGAAGGGGUCCAUGUGGAAAAGGCCCAGUCAGCAUCCGUGGAAUCCAUCCCUGAAGUGUUAGAGGAGUGUACGUCCCCUGCUGACCACUCUGAUUCUGCCUCUGUCCAUGACAUGGAUUACGUCAAUCCCCGGGGUGUACGCUUUACACAGUCCUCCCAGAAGGAAGGUACAGCAUUGGUCCCCUAUGGUCUUCCCUGCAUCCGCGAACUCUUCCGCUUCCUCAUCUCUCUCACCAAUCCACACGACCGCCACAAUUCAGAGGUUAUGAUCCACAUGGGACUGCAUUUGCUGACAGUGGCUCUUGAAUCAGCCCCUGUAGCCCAGUGCCAAACCCUCUUGGGCCUUAUCAAGGAUGAGAUGUGCCGCCACUUACUCCAGCUACUCAGUGUAGAACGACUAAAUCUUUAUGCUGCUUCGCUGCGGGUAUGCUUCCUACUGUUUGAGAGCAUGAGGGAGCACCUCAAGUUCCAAUUGGAGAUGUACAUCAAAAAGCUUAUGGAGAUCAUCACUGUGGAGAACCCCAAGAUGCCUUACGAGAUGAAGGAGAUGGCACUGGAGGCUAUUGUGCAGCUCUGGCACAUCCCCAGCUUUGUCACUGAGCUCUAUAUCAACUAUGAUUGUGACUACUACUGUUCCAACCUCUUUGAAGACCUCACCAAGCUGCUGUCCAAGAAUGCCUUCCCUGUGUCUGGUCAGCUCUACACAACACACCUCCUGUCUCUUGAUGCCCUGUUAACAGUGAUUGACAGCACUGAGGCCCACUGCCAGGCCAAAGUCCUCAACAGUCUUACCCAACAAGAGAAGAAAGAAGCAGCCAGACCUGGCUAUGAAACAGUAGAUGGCACCCGAGAAGCCAGCAAUACUGAGAGAGCAGCCAGCGACGGGAAACCUGUAGGCAUAGCCCCAGACGUCCCAGGCCUACACUUGCCAGGUGGAGGGCGGCUGCCAGCAGAACACGGGAAGCCAGGAUGCAGUGAUCUGGAGGAAGCUGGUGACUCUGGGGCUGACAAAAAGUUUGCCCGGAAGCCACCUCGAUUUUCCUGUCUCCUGCCAGAUCCACGGGAACUGAUUGAAAUUAAAAACAAAAAGAAGCUGCUAAUCACUGGUACGGAACAGUUCAAUCAGAAACCAAAGAAAGGAAUCCAGUUUCUGCAAGAGAAAGGCCUCCUCACCAUCCCAAUGGACAACACAGAGGUAGCCCAGUGGCUCCGAGAGAACCCUCGGCUGGACAAGAAAAUGAUUGGAGAGUUUGUGAGUGACCGCAAAAACAUUGACCUGUUGGAGAGCUUUGUGAGCACCUUCAGCUUUCAGGGUCUGCGGCUGGACGAAGCUCUUCGUCUCUACCUGGAAGCCUUCCGCUUACCUGGGGAAGCACCAGUCAUCCAGAGGCUGCUGGAGACCUUCACAGAGCAUUGGAGGAAUUGUAAUGGCUCCCCAUUUGCCAAUAGCGAUGCUUGCUUUGCCCUGGCCUAUGCUGUCAUCAUGCUUAAUACUGACCAGCACAACCACAACGUUCGCAAACAGAAUGCACCCAUGACUCUAGAGGAGUUUCGCAAAAACCUAAAAGGUGUGAAUGGAGGCAAGGACUUUGAGCAAGACAUCCUGGAGGACAUGUACCAUGCCAUCAAGAAUGAGGAAAUCGUGAUGCCUGAAGAGCAGACAGGCUUGGUUCGGGAGAACUACGUGUGGAACGUGCUGCUUCAUCGAGGUGCCACCCCAGAAGGCAUAUUCCUGCGUGUGCCUGCUGGCAGCUAUGAUCUUGACCUCUUCACUAUGACCUGGGGCCCCACUAUUGCUGCUCUCUCUUAUGUCUUUGACAAAAGCCUGGAGGAGACAAUCAUCCAGAAAGCCAUCUCAGGCUUCAGGAAGUGCGCCAUGAUCUCCGCUCACUAUGGCCUCAGCGAUGUAUUUGACAAUCUCAUCAUAUCUCUGUGCAAAUUCACAGCUCUCAGCAGUGAGUCUAUAGAGAACCUGCCUAGUGUGUUUGGAAGCAACCCCAAAGCCCACAUUGCAGCUAAGACGGUAUUCCAUUUAGCCCAUCGCCAUGGUGACAUACUGAGGGAAGGCUGGAAGAAUAUCAUGGAGGCCAUGCUGCAGCUCUUCCGAGCCCAACUGCUGCCCAAAGCUAUGGUGGAGGUAGAAGAUUUUGUGGAUCCCAAUGGCAAGAUCUCUCUACAGAGGGAGGAGACACCAUCAAACCGAGGAGAGUCAACAGUACUAAGCUUUGUGAGCUGGCUGACACUAAGUGGUACUGAGCAGUCGAGUGUGCGAGGCCCAUCCACUGAGAACCAAGAGGCCAAAAGAGCGGCCUUAGACUGUAUCAAGCAAUGUGACCCAGAAAAAAUGAUCACAGAAAGCAAGUUUCUCCAGCUGGAGUCACUGCAGGAGCUCAUGAAGGCUCUGGUCUCAGUGACACCAGAUGAAGAGACAUAUGAUGAGGAGGAUGCUGCUUUCUGCCUGGAGAUGCUGCUGAGGAUUGUGCUGGAGAACAGGGACCGUGUGGGCUGUGUGUGGCAGACUGUUCGAGACCAUCUAUAUCACCUGUGUGUCCAGGCACAGGAUUUCUGCUUCCUUGUGGAGCGGGCAGUGGUGGGGCUGCUGCGCUUGGCCAUUCGACUACUCCGAAGAGAAGAGAUCAGUGGCCAGGUGCUGCUCUCCUUGCGCAUUUUGCUACUAAUGAAGCCCAGCGUGCUGUCCCGAGUCAGUCACCAGGUAGCCUAUGGGCUCCACGAACUCCUUAAGACCAACGCAGCCAACAUCCACUCAGGUGAUGACUGGGCCACCCUCUUCACGCUGCUGGAAUGCAUUGGCUCAGGCGUAAAGCCUCCAGCUGCCCUGCAGGCCACUGCCAGGGCUGAUGCACCUGAUGCUGGGGCCCAAUCAGACAGCGAACUCCCAUCCUACCACCAGAAUGAUGUGAGCCUGGACCGAGGAUACACUUCUGACUCAGAGGUCUACGCUGACCAUUGUAGGCCUGGCAAGAUCCACCGAUCAGCCACAGAUGCUGACGUGGUCAACAGCGGUUGGUUAGUGGUGGGGAAGGAUGACAUCGAUAACUCCAAGCCAGGUCCUGGGCCCAGCCGGCUAGGCCCUUCACCCCUGGUCAAUCAAUACAGCCUAACAGUGGGGCUGGACCUCGGGCCACAUGACACUAAGUCCCUGCUUAAAUGUGUGGAAUCUCUGUCCUUCAUUGUGCGUGAUGCUGCCCACAUUACACCUGACAACUUUGAGCUCUGCGUCAAGACUCUCCGCAUCUUUGUGGAGGCCAGUCUGAAUGGCGGGUGCAAGUCCCAGGAGAAACGUGGCAAGAGUCACAAAUAUGACAGCAAAGGAAACCGCUUCAAGAAGAAAUCCAAGGAAGGCUCAGUGCUUCGGCGGCCUCGAACCUCCAACCAACAUGCCACUCGCGGUGGGCAUAGUGACGAUGAUGAAGAUGAAGGUGUGCCUGCCAGCUACCAUACGGUGUCUUUACAGGUCAGUCAGGACCUGUUAGACCUGAUGCACACCCUACACACGCGGGCGGCCUCCAUCUACAGCUCAUGGGCGGAGGAGCAGCGCCACCUAGAUACAGGUGGCCGGAAGAUCGAAGCAGAUUCACGCACCCUAUGGGCCCACUGUUGGUGCCCUUUACUGCAGGGCAUUGCCUGUCUGUGCUGUGAUGCCCGGCGCCAGGUGCGGAUGCAGGCACUGACCUAUCUACAGCGAGCGCUACUGGUACAUGAUCUGCAAAAGCUAGAUGCCCUGGAGUGGGAGUCCUGUUUUAACAAGGUGCUGUUUCCUCUGUUGACCAAACUCUUGGAGAACAUCAGCCCUGCAGAUGUGGGCGGGAUGGAGGAGACCCGAAUGAGGGCUUCCACACUGCUCUCUAAGGUCUUCCUGCAGCACCUGUCCCCACUGCUGUCACUCUCUACCUUUGCGGCCCUCUGGCUGACCAUCCUGGACUUCAUGGACAAGUACAUGCAUGCAGGCUCCAGUGACUUACUGUCAGAGGCCAUCCCUGAGUCUCUGAAGAACAUGCUCCUGGUGAUGGACACAGCGGAGAUUUUCCACAACGCAGAUGCCCGAGGAGGCAGCCCCUCUGCCCUCUGGGAGAUUACCUGGGAGCGCAUUGACUGUUUUCUGCCCCACCUGCGAGAUGAGCUCUUCAAGCAGACUGUCAUCCAGGACCCCAUGUCCAUGGAGCCACACGCCCCAAAACCUAUGGCCUCAGCCCACAUGGCUCCUGCUGCUGGGGACACAAGGACACCUGGCCAUCCACCUCCCCCCGAGAUGUCUUCUGAGCUGGGGGUCUGUGACACUGAGAAGCCCGAGGGCCCUCGACCUGCCAGCAGCAGCUCCCCUGGAUCACCAGUGGCUUCUAGCCCCAGCAGACUGAGCCCUACUCCCGAUGGGCCUCCUCCCCUGGCUCAGCCCCCACUGAUCCUGCAGCCCUUGGCCUCCCCACUGCAGGUGGGCGUACCACCCAUGACUCUGCCCAUCAUCCUCAACCCUGCUCUCAUUGAGGCCACCUCCCCAGUGCCCCUCCUGGCCACACCCCGCCCCACAGACCCCAUGCCCACCUCUGAGGUCAACUAAGACAGGCCUCUCAGAGAUCAGGACCAGUACUUCCUACCAGGCUGUCCUCGGCCACCCUUUGAGCUGUCCCAAGGGCCACAAACUUCUCAGGCCCAGCCUGAGCUGCUGUCGCUGCUACUUGGAUGGGGACCUGAAAAAGAGAACUUUUAUAGCCCCUCCUGGGACCCACAAUCAGGCUGAGGGACCUUCUUCCUUUGCUCUCCGUUCCUGGGGUCUAACCUGAGAGCACACUCAGGUAUUGCCUGCAGCCUGGCAGCCCUGGGGAGGCAUCUCUAUGCCAGCCCUGCAGUGCCUGCCCUCAUGCCCCUCCUGCCCUGUGAUCAGGCAUUGAGAGCCAAGCCAACCAUUCUGCACUUUCUGUCCCUCUCCCGCCUGCAUUCCCAUCAGCCCUGGGCCACCUCCUCCAGUUCUUCCUCUUUUAUUAAUUAGUUGGUCGGUUUGGAGAGUUGAUUGGCACCGUGGAGCGUUGGUGGGUGGGGCUGGACAGAGGGACUGCUACCCACAGGAGCAUGUACAUAUGGAAAAACGGGACAAAAUGGACUUUUUAUGAUGUAAUAAAUGUCUUAGUACCAACAUCA